AUGGCUUCAUGGUCAACAGUGCACGGUCCAACACCACCAUCGCCUUUAGGGCAUGAAGACUCCGCUACUGAGGAAGAAGAAUUCACGACAUCCUCACCGUCGACAUCCUCUGCGUCACAAUAUUCCAUGGAAAACUACUCUAAUGACCCAGAGGGGGGAGUGUCCACAUGUACAGAAACACAAACAGUCGCGGAUGCGCAAAGGUCCAUUAUGGCAGUUCAGCCGGGGAUAGGCCCUGGCAAUCGCACAGGUCCGUCUCCAUCGCAAUCGUCAUGGAGCCCAUUGUAUCUCAAACGGUACAUUAUCCUGGGUCUAGGGGCGUCAUUUGUCUUUCUCGCCGUCGCAAUCGAGAUCCUGCAAUGGGUCUCCAAGAAAAAUAAUGGCUUAGCCACGAGCAAUCAAAAGCUUCAAUAUCUCUGGUCUUUCGGCCCGACCGUCGUUCUGACCAUCCUCGCAUCGAUAUGGGCACGAGUCUUCUUUCAAGCAUCAAUGGCAGCACCUUGGGUACAUAUGCAUAGCGGCAGGACAAGCGCAGAGCGCUCCAUCCUCUUGGACUACACUUCGAUGCUCCUGCCCGAGACUCUGGUGCGCGCCUUGCGGAACCGCGACUGGAUGGUGGCCAUAAGUGGAGGUAUAGGGCUGAUCAUCCAGGUGGAAAUCAUCUUCUCGACCAGUCUCAUCACUCUUACGCCCACAGAUGUGGUUGACCCGUCUUUCCCUAUUACGCUCACAACCGAGUUCGGAUAUGAGAACUCGACGUUCAACGCCACGAUACAGUCAGCGGCUAUAACCUCAAGAUAUAUUACCAUGGGUCUGGUACUUGCAAAUUUGUCGUAUCCAGCGGGUACGGAUGGCACAAUAGCGUAUCAAGAGUUCGAUGCCACGCUGCCGGAUGAUGCACAAUUGACUGCGACGGUGGCGGCAUUUGAGGCUGAUCUGGAGUGCGAAACGGCACAUGUGAACCUGAGCUGUGAACAAACCAUGUUUAACACCGAUGCCGACUUCGAGACUUGGGAAGCUACCAUGUUCGCCAGCAUGGCCUCUAGUAGUUGCAAGAUGGCGGCCGAGUUCGGCAUGUCGUUCAACUUGAAUGAGACAGAUCCACUGCAUUUCAGUCGAGUAUUGACAGGACAGUGUGAUGGCGCACCUGAAGAGGACGGCAACAGGGUUGCAUUUGUAUUUGGGGUCCCGAAAUUGACGUGGACGACCAAUACAACAGGUCCUGGAGACAUCUAUGGCGAGCCCGAUGAGUGUCGUCUGGGCGAGUCGUCUGCAAUUAUCUGCCAGCCAACUCACCGAGUCGGACAAGUCGGUAUCAAGAGGAACGGGACGUCGACAUCGACGUUCCCUGUUUCCUCCGACAACCCGACACAGAAGGACGAUGCUCUGACUUUGGCCUCGUGGACCAUCGCAGAGUCUGUAUUCAACGAGACGGCCUGGCAGCUUGUCGGGUUUGAGGAAUCCAUCGGAUCGGGAGGCUGGCGGCUGGCCAUACAGAAUGCCACGAUUGACGUCGAUAGGCGAUCAAUCACAAUUUACGGCAACGAAGGUCGCACGAACUUAAGCAUUUCCGCAUUGCUUAACACGGACUACUUGCAAGGAAUCUUCACGUCGUAUUACAAGAAACACGCAGCACAGCUCGCCAGGGCAGGCUUGAUGUAUGUCUCGUCAAAGGCAUCCUCGGGGAACAUAACGACGCUCCAAAAUCGAUUGCUAGUCCAGCCUUUGGCGAGCCAUACUAUGUCUGCAUUGCUCGCGCUCACAGGCCUCACGUGUAUUGUCGUAUGCGCGACGAAUUGCAUCUACGACAAAUCUGUCACUGCAGUGCCUGCGUCGAGACUGGCAAGUCUGGGUACCGUCCUGGGUCGGAAUCCCCAUUUGUUGGCUGAUUGGAUCUAUUUGGGGUCCAAAACAGACAAGGAGGUCAAGAAGGCGUUGAGCCAAGCCGACUACUACAUCAUGCCCAAACCCGAACUUUCCCACGAGGAUGCCGCUGUCGCAGCUUCUUAUAUUGCCAUGGAGCCGCAUCUGUCGAAAGACUUCAAGCUCAACCAGAACACGGUCAAUGCGGAAAACUUCAAAACGAAGUAUCCACUGGCUUUGCAUCCUCUCGCUAGAUUGGCCAUCUGCCUGAUACUUCUCGCCAUCAUCAUCACAUUAGAAGUAACCCUCCGCAUAUCACAGCGAAACAAUGGCCUGGGCAGUGUGCGACAGGACGGCUAUGCUCAUUAUGUCUGGACGAAUCUGCCGGCAAUAUGCUUCACCCUCGUCGCCAUGGAUGUUAGCUUCAUCGAUUCGGCGGAGCGAAUAGUAGCACCGUACCUCCAUCUUCGCAAGAUUGCGAGUUUUGACAAGUCUAUUGGCCUGGACCUGCUCGACGCCAGCAUACCAAAGAUAUUGUAUCGAGAAUUGCAGAUAAGGGAUUUUCCCAUACUAGCAGUCACUGUAGCCUCCCUUCUCGCAGCAAAUUUCAACACUUUUACCUCAUCAUUAUUCACGGUUGUGUAUGCGCCGACCGUGUACCAGGCAGAGAUCUACACGACAAGCACGUUUUCCAUCAAUGCUACCAACCCUCCCUACGCACUAUACACCGACCUUGUUGGUGGCCCGGAGUCCCUGACGAGUUCUCUUGUAUUGACAAAAGACUUGUCGUUUCCGGCUUUCACGCACCGAAACCUCGCUUUCCCAGAGUACACCAUCUCCUUUCCAGAAAACAGCACUCUUGACAACGAUUCCUUCGCGACGCAGGCUAUUGUCCCUGCUCUGCGGGUAGCCCUCACAUGCCGGAGGUAUAACAGUUCAGAUAUAUUGGCAAGCUUCACAAAGAGCCUGACUACCGUCACAGGGCUGGAAUUGUAUCCAAUGAAUAUCAGCGUAAUCCCCGAAAAUAACCGCUUCACCUCGUCCUCAUUACUGGUCGAUACAACCAUCUCCAACACUAGUAGCGCGAAAACUGUCCCGUUCGGCGUCAGCAACCUCUUGACCCUGCGAGUUAACUUCGACGCGGGCAACAUACUCGAGGACGAGUAUUCCUCCAUCCAGCCGUGGGGAACAUAUAGUAACGUGCUUUUCACAUGGGGAUCCGUAUCGCCCUCGCCCAAUCGCACCAUUCAUGUUGAAGCGAUGGGCUGCAACGAGACUCUGGAAGUAUUAUAUGUGAAUACGACUUUUUCCAAUGUCGACUUAUCGAUCGUAACUACGGAGCCGAUCGAGCCCCCUGUGUCCACAUAUGAUAUGUCUACGGCGCACACAGCGAAUACGACCGGGCCCAUUAUGUCGUCACUCACAGCGUACUACCCCUCGACGUGGGAUGAUGUUGCUAAUUUAACCUCUCCUUUCAAGAACAAUAGCAUAUUCGACGACUACAUGGCGCUCCUUGUCGCGCAGAAAGGGUCUGCGCUGACCAUGAACGACUUUGGCGAUGUGGACAAGUCGGAUGCCAUCGUCGAGGCGGUGAAAAGCCAGUAUGGGAUCUUGGCGGCACAGAAAUUGAACUACGAGUUCCGCCUUCCUUCCGGUAGGGUUGAUGCGAGGGAUGCGCUGGAGAACAUUACAUCCCUACCCGGCGCCUCCGCUGGAAGUGAUUAUAGGCCCGAAGAUGGCCCGCGGACGACCAUCGCCAAAGGGCAGUUGAGGUUGGUCCAGGACGCGACGUUGACGAGAGUGCUGCAAGGAAUCCUCGGCGCAGUACUCGGACUGACCUUGUUUGCGUGGGCGGCGGGGUCCAGGACGAAUGUCUUGCCUCGGGACUCGAUGAGUAUUGGGAGUCUGGGGGCGCUGAUUGCUGGGGGCAAUUUAGGAGACUAUUUCGACAAAAUGGCCGAAAGGACUGGUCAGAAAGGAGAGGAGAAACAUCUGACGUAUUGGUUAGGCUGGCGGAAGUGCAAGGGCGAUCAGGGAGUAGAGAAGAGGUUUGGGAUUUGGGUCGUUGAUAGGCAAGGGUCGACAGGGGGAAGUGGAUUCGCUCCUGAUCGGCGAGGAGGACUAUGA